UACAAAACGCAACUAAUCAAAUUGGCGGCCUAUGUACCCAUCGAUGAUCAAUGAUGGCUAAAGAUUAAAGAAGCUCCGUAUAUUACUAUAGUACUUGCUUAAGUCAUUCUCAAUUUGUUUAUUUAAAUUUGAUUAUUCUAGUUGACUUUUCAAUUUAUUGAACCUUCUAAUUUUGUUCUUCUAAAUUUACCAUUCCAUAUUCAUCAAAAUGUCAAUUAAUUUCUCCUCUAUGUUUCUAGUCAAAAUACAAGACUAAUUCAAUUUUUAUUUUCAAAGUUGGCCUAUUUGGCCAUAUGUAUAGUAGUUUCCACUUUGUCCACCAAUAUUCAGUUAAUUUGACCCUUUUACAAAAUCAUAGCUAUAUUAUACAUCAUACGUAGUACAUGAUAUAAAUUCCCAAUUUCAUAAGCCUGAUUUAAAUUGCUUCUCACUUUCCUUUCUCUUGGAAAAAAUUUGGAAAAUUAUUGCUGGGAAAUUUCCUCUGUUUUUCUUGCUCUCCAAACUUUCGCAAAUUUCAACACAUAUAAACCCCCCUUAUUAUUACUUUUUUGUACUUAAUUUGAGUUCAAACAAUUUUUUAUAUGGGUUUUGCUGGAAUUCUCACAAUUUUUUCAAUCUGGGUUGUGCUUUUGAUUUUAUAAAAUUCAAAAAUUCCUUUCUGGGUUUUAUUCUUCUCUUCAAAAUCUCAUUUGGGUUAAUCUUAUUUUACGUUAAUUUUGUGUAUUUUAGUAGAAUUGAUCAAUUAUUACAAGCUAAAAAGUGUCAAAAAUGGUGGGUAUGGAUGGAAUGUCACCAUCUUCAACGAAUGAUGCAACUGUAUAUGCAGCAGCUUCAAUAUCAACACAAAUUAUGAUUGCAACUGUAAUAGUCCUCUUCUUUGUAGUAGCCCUUUGUUUCUUCCUUCAUAUGUAUGUCAAAUGUUUUUGGGCACAUAAUAAUGAAGACCCUGACGUGGUGUCAUGGCGCCGCCAAUUAGCCGGUCAGCGCCGUGCUGCAGCCGUCCCUGCGCAUCGCCGAGGUUUAGACCCUGCCGCGCUACGGUCGUUGCCUAUUCUGGUGUACAACCCCAAGGAUUUUAAGGAUGGAUUAGAAUGUGCUGUUUGUUUAAGUGAAGUGUCAGAAGGAGAGAAAGCUAGGCUUUUGCCUAAAUGUAAUCAUGGGUUUCAUGUUGAGUGUAUUGAUAUGUGGUUUCAAUCUCAUUCAACAUGUCCACUUUGUAGGGAUUCUGUUAUCUCUACAACUAGUAAUUCGUCGAAUGAUGAUGCUAAUAAUGAUCUUGAGUUGCAAGAUGAUGAUGGUUUGUAUUGGUCGGAUUCUAAUUCGGAUUCUGAUGAUGCUACUCCAAGGGCAGCAGAUGCACCUAAUUUUCCUACAAAUGUUCUGUUUUGGGGUGAUGAAACUCGAGUUAGCGCGUUUGGACAAGGUGCAAAUGCUGCUGCUGAUGCCUCUUCAUCAGCAUCUUCUUCUGGUGUCAAUAGGCCAAGAUUGGAUGAGAUGGUGAUUGAUAUACCAAGUCGCGAGUUUUGUGAGGAUUGCUUGUCGUCGCCACCACGAGUGGAGGAGGCGAAAACUCCGGUGAUGACGAGGUUGAGAUCGUUGAGGAGGUUGUUAAGUAUGGGACAGGGGAGUAAGGUGGCUCCCUCUAAUUGUGAAGUUGAUCAACAAGCUUAAACCACAAAUAUUCAAGUUUGUUGAUUGCAAUUUGAUCAUGUAUAGAUUUUAUUUACUCCGUACCAAUUUUAACAAAUUUAUUUACUUGGUAUAUAAGAUGGGUGAUUGGUGGUUUUCUUAAAUAAAAGAUGAAAAACCCCGCACCCUCAUAGCCUCAUAGCUAGGGUUCUUAGUUUUCUUACAAUGAUUUAUUCUUUUGUUAAAUGUAAUACUUUAGUUUACCAGCUAGACGUUUUAAUGUUCGUAAGAAUAUAUUGCCCUGUGUUAUGAAAUAGGACCCUUUUUGGGACUUUGAAUUUGAUUGAGGAACAAUGCAAAGCUAAAUGAGAAAGCAAUUAAAAAUGAACAAAAUAAAACACACAAGAUUUAUAGUGGUUCACUCAAAAUGAGCUACAUCCACUUUUGGGGAGAUUGGAGCUUGUAUUACUCUUCAAUGGAGGAAGAAUUACAAUGGAGAAAGAUGGUGUUCUUGGUGAGCUAAUUUAAGAUCUAAGUCUCACUUGUGUUUCUCUCUCAUACUCUCUACAAUGAAAAACAAGAGUAUAUAUAGUGCAAGAUGAAUCAACGGUUAAGAUUACAUCCCGAGCAAAAUAAGAAGAAAUCGCAGCGCUGGAACAGGGGCUCGAAGGUUCGACCGAACCUACCCAGAGUUCGUUCGAACUUAGUGUGGCUCGGUCACACCACCAUAGGUUCGACCGAACCUACUCUAGAAAUGAAAAGAGCAUCAGUUCUGCCUAAAGGUUCGACCGAACCUAUUAAAUGGUUCGGUCGAACUCCCCCUGCGCGGACAGCACUUCUUUAAACAGCCAUAACU